AGAAACUUGUGGCAAUUCUUUUCUGCCAUAGAACUACUGGCCCUGCUUUGGAGCAGCAGAAGAUCCGUAUUUCUAAGAUAAUCAUAACUCCAUAAUGCUUCUACUCGGACUCUUCUGCUGCAUUGCUCUAACCGAAACCUACAAAAUACUGGUAUUUUCCCCAGUUACAAGUCGAUCUCAUAUGAUCUCUAAUGGAAGGAUAGCCGACGAAUUGGCUAUGGCAGGCCAUGACGUGGUGCUAUUUGAACCGGAUUUCCUCAACUUAUCCCAUACCGUAAAUCCUGUAAAGUUAGCUCGUCGAUUGGUGGUUUCUGAAUUUCCUUCAUACUUGAACGAUGUUUUACAAGCAUUAUCCGGUAAUGCAUUUGCGGAGGUAUCACAGUACAGAGCACAGCAGGGACUACUUCGAUAUCAGAAUGCAUACAAUAUGCUUUGCGAAGAUCUAAUUAAUCGAGAAACUAUUAUGGAAAAGUUGCGGGCGGAAAAAUUUGAUGGCUAUUUUGGAGAGCAGAUAAAUUUGUGUGGGAACGGCAUAGCCUAUGCACUCGGUAUCAAAUCACAUUUUUGGGUGUCUAGUUGCCCUAUCAGUGACCAUAUGGCUUGGAUAUUGGGAAUGCCUCAGCCAUCAUCGUACAUUCCUUCUCUGAUUGGAUCUCACUCAAAUCAUAAAAUGAGCUACUUUGAACGAGUUCAAAACAUCUACUAUACUUCUUUAUACGUCUACUUCAGUAUGAUAGCUGAUGAAGAAACAAAUAAGGUGUUCAGGAAGAAAUACGGCAAAAAUUUUCCGAGUUUAACGGAAAUCGCUUCCAAUUCUGAUAUGAUAUUUGUGGCGACGGAUGAAUUUGUUGAGAUUCCACGCCCAACACUUCCAAAUGUCGUUCAUAUCGGUGGAAUAGGAUUAAAUGAAAAUUUAGUAAACGAUACUUUGCAGGAGCCAUUUUCCGAACAAAUGCAGAAAGGCAGCAAAGGAGUAGUCUAUUUCUCUCUUGGAACUCUGAUCAACACUACUUCAUUACCUAUCAAAGCAAAGACUACGAUAGUGGAUGCAAUUCGACUGACUCCAGAUCAUCACUUCAUCUUAGUUGCAGACAAAUCUGACAAGUUUACUAGAACGCUUGCAGAGACGAUUCCGAAUGUUUACAUCUCUUCGUGGGCUCCACAACCCGCAAUUCUAAAACACCCUCGACUCAAGGCAUUUAUCACUCACGGAGGUUACAACAGCAUCAUGGAAGCUUCUCGAGCUGCAGUGCCUCUUAUCACCAUUCCGUUCUUUUUUGAUCAGAUACGGAAUAGUCGCGCAGUUGAAGCCAAUGGAUGGGGAAUACCGUUGAAUAAACGUGUGCUUAUCGACGAAUCACAAAAACUUCUCAACGCAUUGCACGACCUGCUCACUAACGAAAAGUACAAACAAGCAGCAGUGAGGAUCUCCACAUUAAUACGAACAAAGCCGUUCAGUGCCUCCGAUAGGCUUGUGAAGUAUACAGAAUUUGUACUAACGAAUGGAGGCAUGAAAGAACUACUCACUGAAGGCAGACGAUUACCUUUUAUGAUAUAUCACAACUUAGACAUAUUUGUUCCGUUUGGAGCUGUUUUCUUGUUGAUUUCUUAUGUAGUGCUGCGAUUGUUGGCUACAGUAAUGACCAAGGUUGUAAAAAUUGAGAAAAUCAAGCUGCAAUAA